GAUGCCCAUCGGCCCAAUGGUUCACGCUCUUGGGUCUGAGCCCAUUUACAGUGUUCGCCUUUCUCCUUUCGUGCGGACGAAGCUUUCAACUUCUAAUUCCGACGAAAAUCGAUCGAUCUUCAUCAAAACCUACUGAAGAAGAAGAAGAAGAUUUGCAGAGAGAUGGAUGCAUCGAAGACGAUUCCUCACGAAAUCGGCGGAGUGAGAAGCGACGCGCUCCGAUUCGGACUCCACGGCGUCAAGAGCGACAUCGUCGGCUCUCAUCCUCUCGAAUCCGCCUAUGAAGAGAAUAAGGCGAUUCAGGAGAGGAUGAAGAGAACGGUCCUUGCCAACACUUACGGCUUUGCUUUGCCCACGAGGAUGGAGAUGGACCGCCAAAUUCUCUCCAGGUUUCAGAGGCCUGUUGGAGCAAUACCAUCUUCCAUGUUAGGGUUAGAAGCAAUGACAGGAGGUCUAGAAGACUUUGGUUUUGAGGACUACUUAAAUGAUCCCAAAGAAUCAGAGAGCGCACGCCCAGCUAACAUGCAUCACGGCAUGGAAGUGAGACUUGGGCUGUCCAAAGGACCAGUUUGCCCCAAUUUCAUUUGAACUGUUCUGUUGCUGUGGUUGAUUCACUUUCAAUCACAACUGCUUACUUCUCAUGUGUAUCUUAUUAUUGUUAUUCUAUCUUCACAUGAGCAGAAACUAGUGUGCUAAAGAUUUCUGACUUUUGAUUUCAAAUUCUGAAGAACUCAGAUUCUAUUACGCGUAUUAAGAUGGGUCUUUAAUC